AUGAAAUCCAUAAUUUCAAUAGCGUUUCUUCUUCAAGCAAUCAUCAACACUGUUACUCUUGUCAUAGCUCAAUUCCCCCUAGAGCCCGUCUUCAAAUGCAGAGACACAGGCAACUACACAACAAGGACUGAUUACAGCAGAAACCUCAGAGUCGCAUUGAAUACAGUCGGCAAUAUGGACACGUAUAAUGGCGGAUCAUUCAAUUCAUCCAUAGGCGUGAACGAAGCAGCACAUGUCAUGGCCCUUUGCUCCGGUGUUUCUAUCCAUUGGGGAGCAAACUGUAAGGAAUGUAUACACAAGUUGACCGUUCAACUUACAAUCAAGUGCUUGGAUCAAAAAGAGGCUAUUAAAGAUGGACGCAUCCUGAGUGUACUGCUGACUUAUCUAGGGAGCUGUGCGAAAAAUGUUUACAAGGGUUAG